AAAAAAGUCCGUUUUCUCUCCCAGCCGGGUCAUGCUUUAAAUUCAUGUAUCAAUGUCCCAAUGACUCUUUGUCGCAUAAACAUUAAUUAAACAGAGCUCCCAAGAAUGUCAGCUUGUGAUGGAGCUUCUGCUUCUGCUUCUGUGAGGAGCCUAAAAUUUAGUGAAUUAUCAGAGGAGGACACGCUCAGAAUCACUGUGGAUCUUGUAGCUGCUGCAAGGAGGAAUCUUGGGUUCCUAAAAUUCAUUGCAGAAUCUCCCUUUCUUCACCAAACUCCAGCCAUUCUUGAAUCCAUUAGAAGAUAUGAUCAGCUAUGGAUGCCCUUGAUAUAUGACCUCACAAAUGGAUCCACACCCCCCAUGAUUCUCCCUCCUGUUGAUAUUGAAUGGGUUUGGUUCUGUCACUCCUUAAACCCUGUCAGUUAUAGGCAAUAUUGUGAGUCAAGAUUCUCGAAAGUCAUUGGAAAAGCCACCAUUUUUAAUGAAGAAAAUGAAGAUUAUGCAUUGAAUAGAUGCAGAGAAAUUUGGCUUUCUAGGUACCCAUCUGAGCCUUUUGAGAAUGAAUGUGAUUCGAACAUGGAAAACCGGGUUUCCACUGUUCAGGAAGAUCUGCUGGAGGAAGUAUCGAAGCAGAGAUUUUUGUACACUAAAUUUACAGAGCCGUAUUGUUCUGAGAUUGUAUAUCUCAUAGCAGCAAGGCAGCGGUAUAAAGGAUUUUUGUAUAUGGUGCAUAGAUUCGCCGAUAGCUGCCCCAAAUUCGUGCCAACUUCAGAUAUUCUCCUAAUGUGGUUGACCCAUCAGAGCUAUCCGACAGUGUAUGCAUUUGAUACCAAAGAGAUAGAGAAAGAACUAAUUAAAGUAGCGGGCACGUGGGAGGUUGCGAAGAAAGUAGAGAUCGAAGAGACCAAGAAACUGUGGGAGAGGACGUUUGAACAACCAUAUGAGAAAGCGGGAGGCACAGCCGUUGGGAAGGAUGUUAUGGUCAAGUCUCCUAUCCAAUGGGAAGUCACGGGCACCGAUGUCAACACGAAAUACAAGUCCAUGCUACCCAGAUUCUUACUAGAGCUAUGUGUAAUGGUGAAACUAAGAACUAAAACCGGAAUUGCGAAAUGGAACAUGUCGAAAGAGUUUUUACGACUACGAUGUGUAAGAUGCCACAAAGAGCUGAAAAUGGAUACACCCGUCUCCAACUUCACCUCAGACACAUGGCACAAAGCCUGGCAUCUCUACUGUGAAUUUGGAACCAAAGGGAUGAUUCUCGAGCUUCGUAAUCGUGGUGGCCGCUGCAUUAAGGGAAGUAAGCUAACAGAAGGCGCAACGUUUCUUUGGAAUGAUUUAUUACGGGCACCCUCUCUUUCUCUAGUAACGGAGUUGGAUCAGAAAGUGAGGGUAGCUGCCUCGAUCACUCCGCCCGUUCAAGCAUCGUACUUGUUGAAAUGUGUCCCGGAUCGGGUUACAGAUGAUUCGGGGGCAAUGAUAUCGGAUGUUAUUUUGAAGCUGAACCACUAUCGACCUCAGGAAGGUCGAUGGUUGUCUCGAACUGUCUUAGACCACGCGGGUAGAGAGUGUUUCAUCGUUCGAGUAAGAAUCGGGGGAGGAAUCUGGAGGAGAGGGGCGGAAACUCCAUCAGCAGUGAAAUGGGAGGACAGGAUUAUAGAAGUACGAGAAGGCUGUUGGUCAUAUGUUGCUGGCUCCAUCGGGAGAGCUCCUGAGAAAAUUGUCGGGACUGCUACACCAAAGGAACCGCCUGAAGGAUGCCAUGCUUUAUGGAACUUCUCUACGGGCAAUAAGCUGUUAGUACAACGAGGAUCAUCAAAUCACGGUUCACGUUUUGCUUUUAGUCUAACAAAUCACCAACAUCCAGAUUCAACGGUAAAGUUGGUUGAAGGGCGGAAGAUGGAGUAUGAAGUGAAGAAGUCUGGCUCGGGCAUGGAAGUAGAGGAUGAAAACGAGGAUGGGUUUUUGACAGUUGUUAGGUUCUCGGAGGACAACCCGACAGGAAAAGCCACCGGGCUUCUAAACUGGAAGCUACUGACGCUAGAGUUUUCGCCCGAAGAAGAUGCGGUGUUGCUACUUCUUCUGUGCAUGUCCAUAGUCAAAAGCGUGACGGAAAUCAACAAGGAAGACAUGGGGAGCCUGCUGAUCAGGAGAAGAAUAAAGGAAGCGAAACUAGGAAACAGAGAUUGGGGCUCGGUCAUUCUCCACCCUUCUUCGUAUUCUCGUUCCCUUUCUUCCCCUCAUGUUCAGCCUUGGUACUGGCACGCCAAGGCCGUGAUGGGGUUGCAAGAACGAGAUAAAGUCCCCCGGCCAACUGCUCCAUUGCUGACAUAUUCCCAGGCGGAAGGAGGCGAUAAUUUGUACAAGCGCGGUAUAAUAAAUUAAAAUGGCAUUCAAGAACCACUUGUAAGUUGAGGCAAGCAAGAGAUGGAAAUGAGUAAGGUUGCAGCUUCAAGUGCUUGCUUCUAGGACCCUACCCAGGAGAACAUUUCUACAUUUUGGACAUGAUCUUUCUUGGAAAAUUUAUGAAAACUCUCUGAUUGUUUUCAGCGAGUUUUCUGAAAAGGCUAGUUGAAAAUUACUAAUAUUUAUGCAUAUUUAAAUAAAAAUAUUUUAAAAUACAAUGAUAUACAUUUUUAUA